AUUGAAAGUAUAAUGCCAAAUGGCAGAAAUAGACAGUUGUUUGGAAACUUGAUCAGAUCAGACGGUUUCAGUGUUGAUUUUUUGUUCUACAAAAGACGAAAUGAUCAAAAUGAUAUGGCUGUCAAGGUUAACCAAAUACACCUCAAAGUCGAUGACUUUAAGAGUCAAGAAGUAGAAGAGUCAUGUCUUCUAAUAGCAAUUGACCCUGGAAGAAAAACCGUUUUUACUGCAGUUACUGAUUUAGACCGCGAUGUUCGACGAUGCACAACCAAGGAAUACUAUCAUUUGACAGGUUCAACAAGAUUCAGUUCUGAAUUGAACAGACUAAAAAAUGAGCAUGGCAUUAACAUCAUAGAAGGCUCUAUAUCAACCAACAAGACUUCUGACUCAGAAAAGUACUUGCAGCAUGCCACUUAUAUUUUCAAUAAUUUAGAUACUCUGUUCGAGUUUUAUAACGCUGCUACGGCAAAGGACCGUUUCUUCUUGUACCAAGGAAACCAAAGGGCGCCAGAGUUAAUGGUAAAUAUGUUGCUGAACGGAACUAAAAAGUACAACAGAAGUUUAAGAAGCAAAAAGAAAAAGAAAGCGAAAAACAAAAAGAAGAAGAAGAAAAAGGGGGUACCAAGAAGAAAAGAAAGGGAAAAGAAGUUAAAAAGAAAUGUAUUCCAAGGUAUUUGUAGUUAA